CCAAAGGGUCGAUCCCUUCGCUUUGGAGAAAAUCCAAGACGCAACACUUUCCCUCGUUUUUCACUCUCUCUCUCUCUCUAAAAUGGCCGCAGCUUCUAGAAAAUCAAGUGGACCUGUUCUCCGGUCACUCUCGCCGGCCGGCAGAUUUUACAAUUCCCGAUCGUAUUCUUCCACCGGCUUCGCAUCUUCAACUUCAACCUUCACUCACUCAACCACCUUAUUCCACCGUUCCACUUCUCCCACACGUGUCAAUCUCCGCGGUUCUUCCGGUUCGGUUCCUUCCGUCCGGUGCGGUUCCGUUUCUCCGAACCAUUCCAUAUCCGUCUCCGGCGCCGUCAAUAGCCGUGCGAUCAAACGGCAGAGCCACCACCAGAAACGGACCUGCAUGUGCUCGCCGACGACGCAUCCCGGCUCGUUCCGGUGCAGCCUCCACAAAAACUUCGGCUCUCGCACGGCGAUGGGGCCGCAGUACUCGCCGAACCGGCUGAACGCACGGCGGUCGGCGAUGACGAACUCGCUCGUGAGAAUCGGUGGCGUGGAAGGCGACAUCGUGAAGAGAGCCUUGGCGACGCUGAUCCGGCCUUCGUCGCACCAGCAGCGCCGCCGCAGCGACUUCCGUUCUCGACCGAGCAGACUCUCCAUCAUGUCCAAAGUUGAAGAAGAACCGUGAAUGAGCCGAACAAAAACCACCGUGGACUGUGGCGGAUUCGAUUCGGAACGGAUUAGUUUUUUGGUUACUUCUAGAAUUGAAAUCCAUCGAAGACUGUGGAUAUGCUUCGUUCUUUGUGUGUGUAUAUAGUUUAGAAUUAAUUAGGAUAUAAAAUAUAGUACAGAGGAAAUAUUAGUGGCCGCCAUUGAUGGCGAUGCUUGAAGUUCAGCACAUAAUUUCAUCGAAACAAUUUUGUUAAAAAUCCGUACAUCGUUAGUCCUCACUCCAAAAUCAGAGUAUAAUUUUGACUCCAAAUGCCAAAACUUUUCUUCAAUUGUUUCUCCUUUUCCUUGCUUCAGAAUCUCACUGAUUUAAUUACCAAUAUACCCCACUACUAGCUCUUAUACCAGUCUCUUAUUUAUGUUCACCAACAGUUAACAUUUUUUAUUUUUAUUUUUUUGUAUUUUACAAUUCUUGUACAGAUAAAUUUUCAAUCCUUUUUUUAUCAAUAAAAUUAUAAAUUAUUUCUUAAUACACAGUUAUUCAACUCUCCAAUACACCUAGAGAAUAAGAUACUGUAAUGAAAAAAAUUCAUAUUAAAUCUUAUAAAAAAAAUUCUUCAAUAGAAAAAUUAUGGGGAACUUGUAUCAGUAGUCUUCACCAUAGCACAGUGUAUGGGUUGAUGAGUUUGAAAGCUUGAUUUACCUUGACAACAAAGUGAUCUUAAAUGUAUGACAUAAUUUCCAUUCAACCAGAAGGACCGAACAACUAUUUUUCUUCAAUUUUAUUUGUCUUUUUUUAAGCACUUGUUUGGAUGCUACUAAUUUACUAAGCUGCUUUGCUUGACGCAGAACGAGACAUGCCCUAAAAUUUUUAUGUUGUUUUGGUUAAGAGAGGAAUCAUUAGAUUAAAGUAACAUAAAUGUAGGUAAACUACUACUAUUGGAGAAAGGUUUUCUUUCUAUUUCCCAAACCGAACAUGUAAAUUUGAAAUUGUUUUGAAUCAAUAUACUGAAUCUCAAAUCACCAUGUACUCGUAACACUGAUUCUUUUGGUGCCCAAAUGCACUGGCUCGUGUCUCUCACAAGUUACACCAGAAGUUCCAAAAUAUUUAACUAUUAAGGAGAUUCACGAUGGCAAAAAUAAUCCCAUGACUGUGUGAAUUGUUUUGUGUGCGACUCACUCAAUUUUAGUGCUACAUAUAAAUAGACUACUGGUAAGAACACUAGGUGCACAUAAAUUUUCCAAAUACUUUUAUUCUAUUAAAAAUUUUAUGGGAAAAAAGGAUAAACAUAUUUGAAAAGCUUAAUUAAUAUGUGAAAUUUGUGUACAACGGAUAAUUUACGGAAGUUUAAGAAAACAGUGGUCGUGGAAUUCAAGGGUUACGUCUGUGACAAGAUCAUGUGAAUGUCUAUGUCUCUAUCUUAUAUAUGGAAUGCUUAUUAUUUGAAUGACUACGUGGUGGUGCUUUUGGUCUCACGUUCUUCCCUAGUUUGCGCAGAAUAGAGAGUACUAAAAGGCAAUUAUAUUAGGAGGCCUAAAGUUGAAUUAAUUAAAAUGCUUAAAAUAAUUAUAUCGUUAAAAAAUGAUAUUACAUUUUAUUUGACGGUAGCUUAUUUGAAUUUUAUGUGAUAACUAUUAAUUUCUCUCUCAGAAUAAGAGAUAAGGAUAAGAAAAUUGGACUUUUGCGUCCAAGCAGUUAGU